AUGAAAAUUUUUUCAAAACUAGACUUAAUAUUUUUAAAAAAACUUGUUGAGAAACAUGGACAAGAUUGGAAUAAAAUUUCAGGCAUUAUAAAAAAUAAAACGCCGUUGGAAUGUUUAAAAAAAUAUCAAGAAUUAUUACCCAACAAAUUUGAACCAAUUAUUGCUAAAAGUGAACAAAGAACAGCAUUGAGUAAAAUACCUGAUGAAGGAAUAAUAAUACCUGGCUGGACUAAGCAAGAGUUUGAGCUUGUAAAUGAGCUUUGGCCGAUAGAAGCGAUCAAAGCAUUUAAUAUAAUCAGAGAAAAAUGUGGCAGAUGGGAAUUAAUUCCUUUAUUAUUACCCGGAUUCUCGCCAUUACUAUGCUUCUCGCCAUACACGACUAUACCUCAUCGAUGGACAAAAUCAGACAAAAUACUAUUGAAAAACCUAAUUUCCAAAUAUGGUUUUGAUUGGUAUAAAAUAAUUCCAUUUUUUCCACAUAGAAAUUCAGCAGAAGUUCAGCAAUAUGUAGCUAAAAACAUAUCUCUUUUUCAAGACAAUGAUGACGGUGGCAACAAGCUCAAGAAAAAAAUUUCAAAAGAUAAAGGUAGUGGUAAAUAUUCAACACGGUGGAAAAUUGAUAAAAUAAUAAAAUUGUUUGAAUUAAGAAAUUUGGGUAAAUCAUGGAAAGACAUUUCAAAAGUGAUGAAAGAUAGAACACCGAGUGGAUGCUAUUUAAAAUACUAUUCUGUAUUAAAAAUAUAUUCAGAAUUAGAAUUAAGUAAAAAAUGGGAUGUGAUGGAUGUUAUAAAAUUUCAAAAAUAUUAUUACAAAUAUAAUAGAAAUUGGGAAUUAAUAUCAGAACAGAUGGGCAACAAAUCAGUUAAACAAAUAAAAGAUUUUUUUACUAAUAAUAAAAAUAGAUUUCCGAAUUUCAUUACUUCCAAGUCUUUAAAAAAAAAAGAAUGGUCUGAAGAAGAGAUCAUCAAAUUGGUUGGACUUUUAAAAGAAUUUGGGACAAAUUGGAAAUUGAUUUCAAAACAUUUUGAGAAAAAGUCAAAAAUAGAAUGUAUAGAAUUUUAUAAUUCAAAUCAUGAUUCUUUGCCUCAAAUAACGAAUACAAAUGAUAUUGUUGCAUCGACAUCUGAAAAAUGGACAAAAAAAGAUGAUAAUAUGUUAAAGAGUCUACUUGAAGAACAUGGUACAGAUUAUGAUAAAAUAGCAUCAUAUUUUAUAGUUACCACUACAAUUUGGUCAGAUUAUGAUGAAAACAGGUUAAUCGAUUUAAUCAAUUUAUAUGGAAAUAAUUGGGAGAAAAUUUCAACAAUAUUUGGAGAUAGAAGCCCUAAUGCUUGUAGUGAAAACUAUAAUCAUUGUGACGUUGUUGGUGUUGGCGUUGCAGUAUUGGUGAUUUCUGAGGUAACAUUAUCGGUAGUGGUAGUGGAAGAUACAAUAGAGUUUUUGGCAAAUAACAUUUCUAAUGAUCCAAUAACUUUAAAUAUUUCUUUUUGUACUUCUAAUUCUUUCUUGACUUUUGCUUUUAAAGAUUUUGACAAAAACACCACAGCUUUGGUUAAACAUAGUUGGCCGAUAGAAGCGAUCAAAGCAUUUAAUAUAAUCAGAGAAAAAUGUGGCAGAUGGGAAUUAAUUCCUUUAUUAUUACCCGGAUUCUCGCCAUUACUAUGCUUCUCGCCAUACACGACUAUACCUCAUCGAUGGACAAAAUCAGACAAAAUACUAUUGAAAAACCUAAUUUCCAAAUAUGGUUUUGAUUGGUAUAAAAUAAUUCCAUUUUUUCCACAUAGAAAUUCAGCAGAAGUUCAGCAAUAUGUAGCUAAAAACAUAUCUCUUUUUCAAGACAAUGAUGACGGUGGCAACAAGCUCAAGAAAAAAAUUUCAAAAGAUAAAGGUAGUGGUAAAUAUUCAACACGGUGGAAAAUUGAUAAAAUAAUAAAAUUGUUUGAAUUAAGAAAUUUGGGUAAAUCAUGGAAAGACAUUUCAAAAGUGAUGAAAGAUAGAACACCGAGUGGAUGCUAUUUAAAAUACUAUUCUGUAUUAAAAAUAUAUUCAGAAUUAGAAUUAAGUAAAAAAUGGGAUGUGAUGGAUGUUAUAAAAUUUCAAAAAUAUUAUUACAAAUAUAAUAGAAAUUGGGAAUUAAUAUCAGAACAGAUGGGCAACAAAUCAGUUAAACAAAUAAAAGAUUUUUUUACUAAUAAUAAAAAUAGAUUUCCGAAUUUCAUUACUUCCAAGUCUUUAAAAAAAAAAGAAUGGUCUGAAGAAGAGAUCAUCAAAUUGGUUGGACUUUUAAAAGAAUUUGGGACAAAUUGGAAAUUGAUUUCAAAACAUUUUGAGAAAAAGUCAAAAAUAGAAUGUAUAGAAUUUUAUAAUUCAAAUCAUGAUUCUUUGCCUCAAAUAACGAAUACAAAUGAUAUUGUUGCAUCGACAUCUGAAAAAUGGACAAAAAAAGAUGAUAAUAUGUUAAAGAGUCUACUUGAAGAACAUGGUACAGAUUAUGAUAAAAUAGCAUCAUAUUUUAUAGUUACCACUACAAUUUGGUCAGAUUAUGAUGAAAACAGGUUAAUCGAUUUAAUCAAUUUAUAUGGAAAUAAUUGGGAGAAAAUUUCAACAAUAUUUGGAGAUAGAAGCCCUAAUGCUUGUAGUGAAAAGUAUCAUAGUAUUGUGAAUCCUAUGAUUGAAAGAACCGAAAUAUAUCAAUGA